UAAUGUAUUUGACGGGUGAAUAGAUAUUGGAAAACAUUGUUUUCAUUACCUUAAUUUGCUCUUCUCAUUUGAGUACUGAUGUUUACUUGCAUGAUUAAAUGUAAUUUCAGGUACUGCCAGAUAGGUUGUUGUGAUGGAACAUUCUAGAAAACUGUUAUUGGCUUGUACUGUCAUAUGUGCACACAUAUUGUGUGUUUGCAACGAGCAACCACAUUUUGAAAGACUUAGAUGGUCAGACAUCCACUGCAAUUUACCUGAAGAGAAACAUAUUCACAAUAAUGCUUCAGAUCCUGCAGUACCUCCAGUAUGUAAAAGUGGAUGCAAAGAUGGAUAUGCAGAAUCGUACUGCAGCAUAAAAUGUCCAUCAAAGUGCAUAAAGUGCGAUAGAGUCACAAAGAAUUGCUCAGGACACUGUCAAGAUGGAUAUUAUGGAAACGACUGUACAAAACCUUGCUAUCACUGUGACAAGUGCAAUGAAAAAGGUGCCUGUAUAAAUAACACCGAACUGCGUAACACAAACAGUAAGAUAAAUCUGACGACACAACGAAAGGAUUUCAAUGACACUCGAACAGCUUCCAGUACCAACUCGGUGGAUCUUGUGGCUAUUAUCAUUCCUGUUGUCAUCGGCAUUGUCAUAGUCAUCGGCAUUGUCAUCAUCGUCCUUUGGCGCAAAAAGAAGUUUUGUUUUUCAAAGCGUCAGCAAUCUGGACCUCACGAAACUCACGAACAGUCAGCAACAGAAGCCGAACAAACAAAGAUGAAUGAUAUCAGUGAAAAUCAAGACGAACGUCCACACGAAUCCACUCCAUUAGAAGAUGACGACAACACUACAUGUCAUAACAACGAAAUACAAACUAGCUAACUUAUCAAAUUAAGGCAUGGACAAGAUUUCUGAAUUCCAAACAGUUGUAAUAUGAUGACUGACAUUACUGCUAUUUAGUUAGAGUGAUAUUUAGUUUUCUUUUUCUGUAGUUUUCUGAUAUUAAUUAAUAGCCUAUUUAAACGUAUAUAUCUGAUAAACCAUAUUACAAUCACGUGGCACAAAGAACAAAGAGAUUAGUUCACCGUAUUGACCGCAAGUUAAUACGAUAGCUGCGUGUCUAGGACAACAUACCGGGAUUUGAGCUGUGAUCAUCAACACGGAACUAGGAUAUAUCAUCAUAAUUACAAAUGUCAGACAAGACCUUUCACGUCAGCUACAGGGUGCUUUAAUAAACAAUUUUUGUCUGUAAAUCAAAUCCUGUGGGGAAUUGGCCUUUAGUCAGCGCUUAUCUUUCUGGGGACUUCUGUUUUAGUCAGUGUUCGAAAGUAUGAUAAAUACAAUUGAUAAAUAAUUGGAAAGAUUUAUGCCACAAGCAUUCUGGUUAGGUAUAAGCUUUAGUUCUGUGUAAAGACUUCUCCGGCGAAGAGGCGACCAUCGUAAUCAUUCGGAAAACCUUGGCUGCUUACGGAUUCUUCAGUAUUCCACUUCGGAAAUUAUGAAGUGAAGCAGUAUAACGUGGACACUUACAUUUAGAAGCAUUACAUAUAGCGCCCAAAUAAAUUAGUAUUUUGUAAACCGCGACAAAUUGGUAUCAUGCGCUCUGGUGUACAUGUAAGGAUAGGGGUACCGGUUCCCCUAAAAUAGUCAACAGCCAGUUAUAUCACUGCAAAGUCAGCUGGUUAUUAACCUACUAAUAAUGAAAUCAAUCUUAUUAUAAAGAUUUAACUUGUUUAAAGUCUGGGUCUGCUCCUCCAACAAUUUGUUUUAAAUAUGCAUUCUCAAAGUUAAAAGUGUCAUAUUUCGCUAUUUAUAAUAAUGUCAUCCAACCAGUGUAAACAAUAAUUUUCUCAAGAAUGUUUGGCUAAAUCAUAGCGUUUUCAUUAAAAUACCAGCCAGUUCUUUGCCAAUAGGGAGAUGCAAAAUAAAAUUCAUAUUGUGACGUCACGCACUUACUUGUCAGUCAUCAGUAUUGGGUUUUGUAGUAAUAGAAAUGCAUAAACAGUAGUAAAUGAUAUUACUUUGAUGGUUAUGCAUUUUAAAGUAUAAUCUUUUGUCAAGAAAAACGAAGAUUUUGGUCAUUAUGUAUCUUCGAGACUGCCCUGUAAACUCUUCAGUGUUUGAAAUUAAAAUGCUUUCGAAUUAUAAAUCACGUCACUUCCCAUUGAAAUUGAACAAAACAAAAACAUUUUAAAAUAAUGUCUCACCAAUUUGGCAACGAUCAACCAUUUUCGAUAGUUAAGAUAAGAUACAUUCUUUAUUUUGUUAAUCCAAACCGUUUAUGGAAACAUUCCAUCGCCGUUUCCUUUCUGGCUUUUUGGUUUCUUCCGAAUUUAUAACUAGUAAUCCCGAGGUCAAGGUGAGCGUACUGGAUCGGAGCAUUGUUGUAAAAUAGACAAUGGCUUGUAUUUGAAUGCAUUUCUAUGUCCAUAUUGUAUAAUGUUAUGGGACUCUACAUCGCACAGAGGAUUAUUGACGUACUUGUGUAGGUUGUUCAUCGCAUUUUUCCAAAUCCUGUGCAGUGGAAUGAAAGCAACUAACGAAAGCAGCUAACGAAAGCAGCUCAUGCCCUCGACACAGAUUACCUUGCCCUUUUGUGUCGCCCAACCAUGAAACCGUCUCACCGUUCUAAAUGAAUGUUCAUGUUAUUGUUUUUAGCCAAUCCGUCCAGCUAGGCUGUGAUAAGUUAUAUCUGUGAUAUCAAAACACAGCAAAAGCCACAGGCACGUUCCUGUGCGAAUGUGUGUAAUUUUUAAUAUAAUAGUGAUGACUAUUUUAUAUUGUUUAUUAUUGACAGUGUCCUAAAUGACUGUAGGGUCGUAUAAUAAUGGAAUCGCAUUUGUCUCGUUCUUGCUGAUAGGUUGGGGAGGGUUUUCUGUAGAUUUUAAGAAAUACAUUUUCAUAUAUUCAUGACCAUUGUCCAGGAAGUUCAUGUUUUAUACACAAUAGGGUCUCCAUGAGUACUCGUGAACGGGUGCAGCAAGACUCGAGUCCGUUCACAGUUUAAGAAAGAAUGAAUGAAUGAAUGAAUGUUUAACGACACCCCAGCACGAAAAAUACAUCGGCU